AUGGUGCCCUCGAAUUUGCUUUACAUUUCCCCUUAUUUCACGCCUCCUCCAUCUGCUCAGUACGUUUCGUUUCUUCAUCUGCAACAAGACUCUCGAAAUGGUUCGCCUCAACCGUUGUCCUCGCCAAGUUUGCACUCGUUGAGAAUGAAGCAUCGAAAUUCAAGCAACUCAAACUUGGGCGGUGGUGGCCUCAGUGGCGGCCUCAGUGGCAGCGCACCACCACCAGCAGCGUCGGCAGAUAUGCCAUUCUUCUAUCUCACACCAUCAGGGCAAAAUUCUCAAAUGUCAUUGCAUGAACAAGAAUCAAUGCUAAACCACAAUUUCGACCAAUUGAACCUCUCAAGGACUAUCAUAUUGAAAAACUUGUCUGAAGAUAUAACAUUACACGAACUAUUGAACCAUAUAGAUUUUGGGCCCAUCAAAUAUAUCAAAUUGUUUACCAAACAGACCCCUAAAUUCUUUCAAAACAAAAGGACUGGCUCAGAAGGUGAGAAUGGUGCAAGUGAUGUUGGUGCCGAUGUCAAAACAAAGGUUUGCUACAUAUCAUUUGUCAACUCCAAAAUCUCGGUAUUGUUUUAUUUGACUUAUGCUAAAAAUGUCGCUAAUUUGACGAGAUUGAAGGAGAAUUUGAAAUCCAACCAAUUGAAAAUUUAUUUGAACGAUAUCAACGGUAAUAGAAGCGCAACAGCAAAUUCAAAGCAGGAUUAUAUCAAGCUAAAGACUUUGAAUUAUAUUUUAAAAUUCCAAGCAACACGAUGUUUGAGUUUGGAUUUUAAAAUCAUCAAUCUUUCCAAAGAGACAACAACAGAGGAAGAUCGAAUUGACCGGAUUCAACAGUUUCUCAUAACCCAGUUGGAAAAGUAUGGUGACGUUGAAGAUUUUCGACUUAAUUUAGAGGACCCCCUUAUUGCCGAAAAAGAGGAGGAGAAGGAAGAAGAAAAGGAAGGGCAACAAGAGAAAGCAAAUGAAGGGCAACAAGAGAAAGCAAAUGAAGGGCAGCAAGAGAAAGCAAAUGAAGGGCAGCAAGAGAAAGCAAAGGAAAAGGAUGAGAGGUUAGAACAAUACACUUCUGGAAAAGUAGUUGUUCAUUUUAUUUCUAUUGAUUCUGCAAUCAAGGCUUACGAGAACUAUUCUAGAAGAAUACAACACGAUUUAGCAAAAAAGAUUCAUGAUAGAAAGAGCAAAAACUCAAAUUUAAAAUUUGAAUGUUUGUUUCUUGCAACCCUGUUUCAAAAGGAUAGAUGUGAUAGAACACCAAUUGAAAGUGAAUUGAAACAAAAUGGAAACAGCAUUAAGCCAUUGUCACAAGAUACGAAUCCGUUUUUAGCAACAACUGCAGAGGUUGGGUUUGAUGAUGAUGAUGAUGAUGAUGAUAACAGCAAUAUCAACAAUAACAAUAAUAGUAAUGGUGGUAAUGAUAAUGAUGAUGUUGUUGUUGCUAAUGGAGGAGGUCCCUUGGAUAAUAGCUCUGAUAUAAGCAGUCUUAUUGAUUCACCUGAACAAAGAAAUAUCAGAAAUGUCAAUAUUUUGGACCCCGUUAGCCCCAACUCGUCAGAUGUUGACAAUGAGUCUCCGAUUUUGAGAGAUGUUUACAAUAAUAACUCAAACGAAGAUGACGGUGACCGUUCCACAGUUAGCAAUGGCGCCUAUUCAGUGGUUUCAUCAAGCUCGAGGUUCAGUCAUCAUAAUAGACUGGCACCACAACUAUUCUCAAUGCCGUCUUUUGUCUCAAAUACACCUUAUGUCACUCCUCAUUCAAGUUUCUCCCUUGUUUCAACUCAAAAUCCAGCUCAUGUCCCCACUGGGAACAGAUCUUUGUAUUUGGGUAACUUACACCCCAGUACAACAAUUGAGGAAAUUGCCAAUAACGUUAGGGCUGGCGGUUUAGUCGAGUCCAUCAAAUACUUCCCCGAAAAAAAGAUGUGCUUUAUUACAUUUAUCGAUCCACAUAUAGCAUUCAAAUUCUAUAUGAAUCACCAGGUGCUGCACCAGUUGGUAAUUCACGGUUAUGAUGUGACAGUAGGUUGGGGUAAGCAACAUAGUGGACCUUUGUCUCGCGAUAUUGCACUUGCAGUUACAGCUGGUGCAUCGCGUAACGUGUAUAUAGGAAUAAAGACUAAUCGAGACGAGCAAGAGCCCAAACCAGUAUUGCCUAAUGAGGAAGAAUUGAGGCAAGAUUUUUCCGAGAUUGGCGAGUUGGAACAAAUAAACUUUUAUCAUAAUAAAGAUUGUGGGUUUUUGAACUUUUUGAACAUUGUGGAUGCUAUAAAGAUUGUUGAAGCUUUCGAGGCAGACGUGGAAGAAGCUAUAUUCAAGUUGACAAAUGCUCUUGGUGGUAAUGGAGAACAUGCAGCACAAUUUUAUUACAAGUACAGUGCUUUCAAAAUCAAUUUUGGUAAAGAUAGAUGUGGUAAUCCACCUAGAUUCUCAUUCAAGAAAAAAAUGAAUGGCACUCUGGGCUCAACAUAUCAGCAGUAUCAAGAGCAAUUGCAUGCCACUCUUCGUAAUCAGAAUAGGUACAAGGGAAAACUAAAUGAAGACAAAGAAGAAGAAGAAGAACAAGAAGAACAAGAAAAACAAGAAGAACAAGAAGAACAAGAAGAACAAGAAGAAAACAAAGAGUUUAAUGAAGAAGAAGAGGGAGAGAAGAAGGAGGAGGAGAAGCAGAAAUCCAAAGAGCCAAUUACAGAGGAAGCCGCGAUAGUGUUUGGAAUUGUAGAGAACGGCAAGCUUAGUGGUAGUGAGAACUUGGAUGGUGAAAAGAAAACGGAAAAGCAGAAGAAAGAAGAGGAGGCGGAUGAGGAAGUAAAGCAUGAAAAGGAAAUAGUGUUGGAAGAAGAGGCGUUUGUUGGAGAGAAAAUAGUGGAAGAGAAAUUAACUGUACUGGAAGAAGAAGAAGGAGAAGAAGGAGAAAAGCAACAGCAACAGAAAGAAGAAGUUGAUAGUGAUGAGGACGAGGACGAGGACGAGGACGAGGACGAUGAAGAGGAAGAUGAAGAGGAAGAUGUUUCCAUCAUUAUUGGAUCUGAUAUAACCACAUCUACUAAUACAAGCAAAAUCAAGCACAAGAGUAACAUGAACUCCAGACACAACUCACACAAGAGCGGAAGAUUUCAACUGAAGCACCAAAAAAUAUACCAUAAUAAUAGUUAUAAUAAUUCAUCAAUAUCAUGUGGUGGAAGAUUUUCAAGAAACUCAUCAAAUAUACUGAUAAAUAACAGCAGCAGUAGCAUAAACCCUGCAUACCCUCAAUUUGUUCAACCACAAUCUGUUUAUUAUUAUCCUCAAAAGAACCAAACAAAGAAUAAAUUUUCCUCAAAUCACGCAACUGGCUUGCACCAUCCCACACUCCAACCCCAGCAACAACAAUUUGUCGCUAUUCCUCCACAACCUCAGUACCACGGGCAACAGUUUCAACAGGUUAGGUAUUUCCCAGUAUUGCAACCGCCGCCGGGAUCUCUACCAAUGACCGCUAUGCCGUCUCCUCAGUACUCUUUAACUGGACAACGUUUGUCUGGUUCUCAAGUGAUGGCGCAAUACUUGGCUCAAUCUCAACAGGACUUGAUGAUGUACGGGAAACCUUUCUUUGAUGAUUCUAUGGGUUCGCAGAAAUACAAUACCAGGAGAAAUAAGCCUCGUCAUAACUCAAAAAAAUGA